AUGGUUUUAAGAGAGAUGGAAGUAGAGUCAACUAGUCGCGGGUGGCGGUCUAAAAGCAAUCACCGUUGUUGUUUCAACUCAAGGUUUAGAAAUAAAGAAACUAAAUAUGCUUCUGACUCUGUUUGCUCCUCCUCUUCCUCAUCCGCCAGCCAGCGUAAACGUUCUAGUACAUCUGAGAAAGCAUCAUCUGGUUAUGGUUGUUCAGACCCUAAAAGACCUCGUGUCCCAGCACUCGUCAAAAGGUACACACAUAAACUUUUGAGUUUUGAAUUGUCUUGA